AUGUCGAUUGACCCACAAGCUGUCCAGAGAAUCCUCGAUGACAUUGCGCUGAAGUAUCGCGGACCAGGCGGUGCGAUCGCGGUCAUUAAAGAUGGCGAACUAGUCGGUCAACGCGUCUGGGGAUAUGCGGACAUUGAGAACCACAUUGCCAUGACCCCUCAGACUCAGAUGCCCAUCUGCUCCAUCUCGAAACAAUUUUUCUGCGCCUUGAUGCUCGACCUGGAACGCAACCCGACCUCGGCCAUGGCGGGCAAAGGCCCCGCGCGAAAGCAAUUCGAGGAUAUAAUGGCUCAAAUUCUCCCGCCAGAGCUCACCGAAGGCAGUGGGUUGACUCUCCAGCAUCUUGUCGAUAUGCAAUCAGGCUUGCGCGACUAUUGGGCCAUGACCACCCUGUGGGGUGCUAAACCGGACGACGAAUUUCUCGUGGAGAGGGAUUUCCCCCCUGCGCAAGAACGGACUCGAUCGUUUCAUUUCACCCCUGGGACAGAGUUCUCCUACUGCAAUGUCAACUUCCACGUUUUAGGUCGAAUUGUAGAACGUGUGGCUGGGGAGCCACUUGACAAACUGCUGGCCGAGCGAAUUCUUGGCCCGGCUGGAAUGUCAACAGCGUUCAUGUGCCCCGAUAACGCGAAAAUCCCCUCCCCAGUGGUUGGAUAUGAAGGUUCCGAACAGAUUGGGGGAUAUAUUCCCGUCAUUAAUCGCAUAGAGUGGUCUGGGGAUGGGGGGCUGGUUGCUUCACUGGAGGACAUGAUCGCCUAUGAGAAGUAUCUGGAUCGCCUAUUUACCGACUCAGAAAGUUGGUACCGCGCCAUCACCAGUCCACAGACCUAUGCAGAUGGAAAUAGUGCUCCGUAUCAUUAUGGCAUGGACCGAAAGAGUUAUGACGAGGUUGUGACACUCGGGCAUAGUGGCGGAUUGCGCGGUUUCAGAUCUCAUAGACGCAAUGCCCCUCAUGAGCGCCUUUCGGUCGUAGUCUUUUUCAAUCACGAAGCUGAUGUACCUGCUGCGGCGAGUGACAUGCUCCGUGCCCUUCUGAACAGGCCAUUCCCAAAUAUUCCUCCGGUCGAGCCCAGUGCCGCUUGGCUUGGGUCUUUUCUUGACCAGGAUACGCAACUUGCGGUAACGAUCACCCGAGGAUUGCAAAUAGGGGAACUCAUAAUCAAUUAUGAAGGCAGUCCUGAGAUAAUUAAAGCGACUGAUACCAUCCACGCCAAAUCUCUCGACAUGACCGCGAGUAUCGAAGGAAAUGUUGUUCGUAUCCACCGGAUCUCCGAGAACCGAACUCUUGUGGCCAGCCGUCUUGUCCCGAACGAUGUCACUCUUAAAGAUGAGACUCUCCAAGGCACUUAUAGAUCCGAUGAGAUUGAUUCCAAUUUUCACUGCUCUGGACAGGCUGGAAUGUUAUAUGGCUAUUUUGAAGGGUACCUUGGCCGUGGUAUUCCGGCUCCUCUCUAUUACCUUGGAGAUGAUGUCUGGCAGCUCACCUGCCCAAGAGGACUGGAUGCACCGGCUCCCGGUAAUUGGACAAUGGUACUCAAACGCGAUGACCGCGGCGCUGUCUCGGGAUUCAAGAUUGGGUGCUGGCUGGCUAGAGGCAUUGAUUUUGUUAAAGUCUAA